AUGCAUGAUUCACUGAUUUGUCCUAUUACGUUCGAUCUGUUUCGAGAUCCAGUCGUUGCUGAAGAUGGCCAUAGCUAUGAACGUGAAGCUAUCAUCAACUGGAUCCGUACAAACGGUACAAGUCCAUUGACAAGAGAACCCUUAGCCGUUGGAGCACUACGCCCGAAUCAUACAUUGAAAAAAUUGGUCGAUGAGUUUGAAACUGCAAGUCGUUCCAAGAAUUUUCAAUUUAAAUUAGGAGUGGAUGUCAAGACAAAGUCACAUCGUGCACUCUUUCAGACAUUUGGUAAGACAAUCUAUGAAGCUGAAUGGAUAAAGGAUAAUGAUAGUCGGCCGCGAAUUGUAUUACUGAAGAUCAAUGGAGCGCGUGCUAAGAAGGAAGCGUCAUUCUACGUUGAUUUAACUCGUCAUCCGAGCAUUGUGAGAACUUUUGGUUUGGUACAUAGUGACAAUAACGAGGAUGAUCAAGAUACACAAAACUCUGUGACUCUGCUUCAAGAACUUGCGCUAGAAGGAAGCUUGUACGAAGUAUUACAACACAUUGAUUUGAAUGAAAACAUUCUACAAGCUAUGUUUCUACAAAUUACGGACGCUAUGAUCUUUCUAGCUCAUAACGGAAUCAUUCACGGUGAUUUAGCCUGCCGUAAUGUUUUAGUCUUUCGAUUAGACAAACAGGAACCACACAAAAACAUUGUGAAAUUAACAGAUUUUGGAAUUAGUCGUCAUAGUAAGCUCUAUGCACCGACAAAUAGUACAGCCACGACGACGAUCAAUAUUGUUCCAACACGAUAUGCAGCGCCAGAAGUGUUAGCAAACGAACAAUAUUCUGAAAAGUCGGACGUCUAUUCCAUGGGUGUGUUGAUGUGGGAAGCUUAUUCUAAAGGGAAGAUACCCUGGUCACAGAGUAAUUCUGAUGCUGAAGUGAAACGGCAGAACACUUGUCGAACAGCUUCAAUGGAACUUCGAAGUAACAGAGAGCAAGCUCGCGCACAACUUAAUACUGACUACACAACGGCUCGAGAUAUAUCAGCUUCACAUCAUGACUACACGAGCACAAGAAGAACUGCUUCUCCUAGAGACAAGCAAUUUACAACGACUGAGGAUAAUCCAACAUUGUUAGCAUCAUUAGCUGCACUUCAUCAUUUACUUGGUUCAAUGGAUAAUAAAAAUAAAAAUUAUCGAGAUGCACGUUUUCAGUUCGAAGAAUCAUUAAAAAUUUUCUUAUCUUUUACACUAGAAGACAAUCAAAUACUUUCAGCAACUUAUAGUAAUAUUGGAAGUAUGUUUUAUCAAGAUGAUCAACAUGAACAAGCUAUUAUUUCAAUGUCAAUUAAAAUCUUCGUCACCUUAUAA